UGUGGGUGAUUGACCUCACUCUGUAUCACUCAGUCUCUGAUCUCUUCUUUCGCCAUCUCUCUACCUGACUACAGGUUAAGCCUUCGGUCUUUGUGCCAGAGUCUCUGACUGGGACAGAUGAAACCCGCAUUGAAUCCAGAACACACGUGAGUGCAUGAGGAGCAAAAUAAGGCCAUUCGGCCCAUCAUCUACUCUGACAUUCAAUCAUGACUGAUCUAUCUUUUCCUCUCAACCCUAUUCUCCUGGCUUCACCCCAACCCUGACACCCUAACUAAUAAAGAAUCUGCCAAUCUCCACUUUAAAAAUAUCCAUUGACUUUGCCUCCAGUCUUCUGCGGCUAUGUAUUCCACAUUCACCACCCUCUGACUAAAUAAAUUCCUUCUCAUCUCCUUUCUAAAGGUACGUCCUUUUUAUUCUGAUGCUAUGACCUCUUGUCUAAGACGAGUGGAAACACCCCUUCCAUGUUCACUCUAUCCAGGCCUUUCACUAUUCUGUAAGUUUCAUUGAGGUCCUCUCCUCACCCUUCUAAACUCACAUGGACAAGGCUUGAGUGAAUUUUGGGGAACCAGACUGGGAUCCAGAUUAUCCAUGUAUGCCAGCUCUCACUGAUAUUCCAUGUGUGGUGACGGCUGUCCUAUUGUGGAACUGAGAACGUGCCUUUCACUCCGGCAGUUUGUAGUCCCACGGGACCUGGCCUGUGGUAAAAGCCCAUCUGCCGUCUUUCGCCAGCCUGGCCUCUGUGUGACUUCAUCGCAACCAGGGUUCCAAUGACAGAUGAUAUGUCGACGUCUGCAGCGGCUCAUCCGAACUCCGCCUCCCCGUCCUGUCACGUGUUACCGGACACGGGGCAGUGGACGCGCUCUGCGAUUGGUGGAAGCGAAGCACUGUGAUUGGUUGUUUCACAGGUCCAAUCACAGGUUUGAUUGAUGCUAACCAAUGACAAUGUUCGCUUUCCCCAAUCCCUCAUUAGCAUAGGGCGGUGGUGCAGUCUAUUUAAUCCGCGCUCGGGUUGAGUUCCCUACAUUUGUGUGUCCUAAACCGACAGACGAAAUGCCUGACGCACCGAAAGUGAAAGUGGCCGUGGCCAAGAAGGGCGCCAAGAAAGCCGUGUCCAAACCUGCAGGCAAGGCGGGUAAGAAGCGCAGGAGGUCGAGGAAGGAGAGUUACGCCAUCUACAUCUACAAAGUGAUGAAGCAGGUUCACCCCGACACCGGCAUCUCCUCCAAGGCCAUGAGCAUCAUGAACUCGUUCGUCAACGAUAUUUUCGAGCGCAUCGCGGGUGAGGCUUCCCGCUUGACUCAUUAUAACAAGCGGUCGACCAUCAGCUCCCGGGAGAUCCAGACCGCCGUGCGCCUGCUGCUGCCCGGGGAGCUGGCCAAGCACGCCGUGUCGGAAGGGACAAAGGCGGUGACCAAGUAUACCAGUUCGAAGUAAACAUUCUAAAUCUUGAUAAACCGAAAA